AUGCCUCCUUCAUUACCAUCAUCCCUUCCCCCCUCCCGCAAGGCCUCCCUUCAGUUCAUUCUUUCCCCGACAGGCCCGUCACCAUCUUCGACCGACUCGUCCCCGCCGCAGACGUACGACUAUGCCAGCCACCAUGUCCGGAGGCCUAGCAGCACCAGUAGCAGUGGCAGCAUGAGGGCUGGUGGUAUGGUCCACUCUCCUUCCUCGUUUAAUGCCUCACCGACCAUGGAGUCAUCGUCGUCCCACCGCCCUCUCCCCGAGCUGGCCGACAUGCCAGCUGAAAUCCUGGCGAACAUUGCGUACCACGUUGUGGUCGACACCAAAGACGGCAGGCUGAAGGCAGGGCGUCCUGGUCGUCUGUUCCCCUUGUACCUCACCUGCCGAUCGAUCUACCGCAAACUCAGGAUCAAGAACAACCCCGUCCUCUACCACUGGCUGUUCCGGGAUACAUUCGACACUGACGGUCUGAUCCGUCGGACGCAGUGGAUGUACGACAUUCGCAAGACGAACAAGCCUGGAGAAGUUUUCGAUGCCAGCACCUGGCGGACGCUAUCGUCGCCGACAUUCUCGGAUCCCAAGGCCUGGGCGCGAGAGUACAAGGCCCGCUGGGACUUGCGCAACCGUAUGCGCUGGGCAGUCAUGCAUCAAACUCUGUCCCCUAAUGGUGUGUCGGCGCACCCUAACAUGACCUCCGACAACUGGAUUCUGUGGUUCCUUUUCAGCGAGAACGACUACCGAAAUCUUGCCUUCCUGACGGACGAGUGCCUGUUCCACAAGUGGAUCUUGCUCGAGUACAACGAGAACGUUUUGGCUGCAUCGCUCAAGCCCGGCUUCCCAGAAGUCAACCCGACCAGAUCACUCGCGUGCUGGAUCACUCUUCUUUCGACAUGUGAUUUGUUUGGAGAGAGGACGCCGGCCGAAGUCGAUGAGAAGAUCUUCCUUUUCCGCCCCUUCGUCUUUGGCAGUGCUCAGUUCCCCUUCGAGUACGCCGACUGGCGAUACCGCAAGCUUCCAGUCUGCAGCCCCCAAUGCAAGGAGCACCAGCCUAUCGCCAGGCAUCUCGCGCCGUACUCUCGCUUCGGCCACUCGCACAUGCGCGCACCCCCCAACAUUGCUACCUCUGCCUACAUCAUGUUCUUCCGACUUCUGGCCCGUCACCCCGAACGCAUGGGCAUCAAGCCGGGAAGCACUCUCUGGGUCGACCCGUCCCCCAAGGGCUUGUUCAGCGAGACGCAUCUGCUGCCGUCGCUGUACCAUGACCUGGAGUGGCAGCGCAACUCGGUCUGCCAGGAUGCCCACAACGGCACGGGCCUGCCUCCUUUGACGUUCCACAAGCGCAUGUCCGGGUUCUGGCGUGGGGAGAUGCUCUUCUUCGACUUUGAGGGCUACCGCCAGGCUCUCAGUGGAAAUGUGCAUGCUGUCCAGACUGGCACUUUCCACCGCAACGGCGUGGAGAUCGAACUCGAGGAGACGGUCAUCCGCGUCCCGGAGAAUGAGGUCGGCGGCCGUGGAAAGUUGAUGAACGCCGGGUUCGGGGAUGAGGACUCCGAGGCUGAAAUCAACUUCAUCCGCGCCGGAUACGGGUACAAGGUCCUUACCGGCGAUGAGUUGUACGCGCCUGAGAAGCCUGGCUGGACGAAGGAGAUCUUGUUGUCUGGACGCCACCGAUGUGGCUGGGGUAACGCCACCAUUCGCGGCAGAAUUCGUUCGUGGGAUGGCUUGGUGCUGCUCUCAGUGGGUGAGGCCGACAAGUACCCUGUGGGCAGAUGGCUGCUGAGGGGAUACGUGCAUGUCAAUGGCGGCUUUGUUGGCAAGUGGAGGGACUGUCUUACGCCUGAGAACCGCCAUGGCUACGAGGGACCGUUCGCCUUCCUUCGCGCCGGUGACGUGUUUUACCCCGACCACAUGCCCAAGACGUGGGAGGAGUCCAAGGGCGUGGUCAUGAUCGACACGCUGGUGGGAGGCAUGCAGGCCGACUCGUCCUUCCCUCGUCAACCGAUGAAGUCGUUGAGCGCCUCGUCGCAGGCCAGCCCCGUCAACCCCGGCAGCCAGAGUCCUACCAUGCAGAACGGCUCCGGUCUUGUCAAGAGCCCCGUGGACAUGCCCCGCGAGUUCGGCCGAGACGUUCACAGGAGUCCCACUCAAGCGUCUCAGGCCAGCAUGAGCUCCGACAGCGGCGGCAAGCGUCGUUGGUCGGGCGAGGAGGACCAGUCGCGACCUUCCAGUCGAGCCAAGAGCGAGGACCACGGACGCCCCAGUUCUGGAGGUGACAUGAAGCCGCUUACUCGCGGGUUCCGGGAACACCACAUAACGAAUGGAGACCGACCCAGGAGCUAUGCAGAGGACGGCCGCUCGCAGUACAUGGAUCCUCGCUACCGCCAGCCCGUGGACGGUGAGCGUUUCCGUUAUAUGGACUCCGGACGCCCUCCCCGCCCCUCCAGCAUGGAGUUCAAGCAACGCGACAGCGACAGGUACAGGAGUGCUAAUGGAGACCGCCACCCAAGCUACGGCCAAGGUCCCAGUGACCACCGCGGCAUGGACGUCGACCACCGACCUGGUAGCAGCAGGUCUUCGGUGGCGGACGGCGGCCGCCCCAUCAGCGGCAAGGGCAUGGACGUCGACUCGCCUCGCAGCAGUGGAGGUUACUGGUCCGGGAGCGGAAGCGGAAGGAGGGGUAGCGACGCGGACCGGCACAGGUGGUGA